AUGUGGUCGAACGGCGACGUUCAGCCUGAGAUAUCCGGCUCUGCGGCGCCCGACUGCUCCGGUGAAAUGCAGGCACUCAUCGAUGAAAUGCGUGUACAGGAUUUCGACUCGAUCCGUUUUGCAACCUAUCGUGCCGCAUGCAAAUUACGGUUCAUCCAAAAGAAAACAAAUGUACAUUUGGUGGACAUCUGGAAUAUGAUCGAAUCAUUUCGAGAAAACGGUCUGAAUGCGAUGCCUAUACACACUCAGAUCAAAACCUCACGUAUUGAACUGUUACUGACGACAAUCUAUCACAAUUUGAACAAACGGCUUGUCUCUUCACAACACAUCGACACGGACAAAUCGAUUUCGUUGUUAUUGAGUUUUUUGUUAGGAACUUAUGACAAGCAACAAACAGGCCGAUUAACAGUGUUUUCAAUAAAAAUUGCACUGGCGACGAUAUGUGCAGGAAAAUUGGUGGACAAGUUGAGGUAUAUGUUCUCACAAAUUUCCGAUUCGUCCGGUUUCCUGGAACAUGAUCGAUUCACGGAUUUCAUGCAGCAGGUGUUAGCAUUGACGACGGCCGUUUUCGAAGCACCGACGUUUGGUUUCUCGGAAAGUGCCGUGUCACAGUGUUUUGUGAAGGAUCAACGGGUAACAUUGAACAACUUCCUCGACGUCUUUAUGUCAGAUCCAUGUCCUCCUUGUGUCAUGUGGUUGCCACUGCUACAUCGGAUGGCAUCCGUUGAGCACGUCUACCAUCCCGUUGUUUGUGACGCCUGCCAAGUGAGUGACUCCCUCAAGUUUUCUCUUAUAUAA